AUGAAGCCCGCCAGUUCUACCCAAUGUGAGGUCAUCACUGAUGAUGCUCUUUUGGAGGAUGUCUCCCUUCAUCCAUUCCUAGUCUCUACCUCUCGAGGCUUUCUACCCUUGAGAAAUCCGCUGAUCACACCGCCGAAAGAAUUCGAUGUCUUGGAGUCACUGUUGCAGCGUAUGCCAAUAAAGACUGCGUCGGGUGAGCCAGGCCUUCUAGCUGAGGGCAAGCUCGGUGAUGUGGUUGAUAAGGAGUUGCCGGAUCUCACUGCCCAAGUAGAUCUAUACAGGGAUAAUCUCCACGUAAUAACAGCCUUGUACCGAGAUUACUCCUUCCUCGCUGAGGGCUAUCUCCUAGAGCCAUGCCAUAAACGUUUUAUGGAAUGUAGUGAAUACGGGGUUGGGCGGCCCAUUUUGCCUAAACAGAUCUCGCGGCCAUUUCUUAGAUGUGCAGAAAUUGCUGGCUUUAAACCGUACCUCGAGUUUAGUUCAUACGUUUUGCUCAACUACCGCUUGGAGAACCCUGCAGCUGGUCUCGAAUUCUCAAAUCUGCGCCUCAUUCGAGCCUUUGAACAUGGGCUUGACCCGGCAUCGUCUGAAUCGGGAUUUAUCUUGGUGCAUCUCACGAUGGUGAAGCACUCAGGCCCCCUUGUCCAAGGCGUAUUGAAGGCUUUUGAGGCUGCAUCACAGGGAACCACUUGCGGUGGUACCAUCGAGCAGAGGAAACUGCUUAAUGAAGGCCUAUCAACACUUGUUGAUGCCUUGGCAAAAUUGAAUUCCCUUAUGAAAGUAAUAUACCAGAAGUCGAAACCGGCAGAGUAUAACAAUUUUAGGACCUUCAUGUUUGGAAUUACUUCAAAUUCCAUGUUUCCUGAUGGUGUUGUUUAUGAGGGCUGUAAUGACAAUAAGCCCAUGUUCUUCCGUGGCGAGACCGGAGCUAACGAUGCAAUGGUGCCACUCAUGGACUAUUUCCUCCAGAUCCCCAUGCCUGACACACCUCUUACAGUGAUCCUCGAAGAGUUCUCAGAAUACCGUUCUGACAAACACAAAGAUUUCCUAAAUUUUGUGAAAGAGCGUGGGCGGGAGUUGGAUAUCAAAGGGUUCGCCCUCAAUGGAGCCGGUACUGCUAUUUCUGAGGACGUUAGAGAUGCUCUGCGAGAGUCCCGAGGACUAUGGCUCCAGAUCCUUGACCAGGUCCGGGAAUUCCGUUGGCGACACUGGAACUUAGUCAAGGAGUAUAUUCUUAAGCGAUCAGACCAUCCUACGGCAACGGGAGGCAGCCCAAUCGUAACCUGGCUGCCAAAUCAGCUGGAGGCAGUGCUUGAUUGCAUGAUCCAGGUGUACGCAGCAGCUUUGGAAGCUGACCAUAGGGGCCUCGGGAAAACUUGUGACAGCAUCAUGGAGGUUGCUUUGAGACAGAAAGAAACAUUGAAAAAAGAAGUCGAGAAAUACUGUGCCGAGCGUGACUGA